UUUCAAUUCGUGUUUUCAGCGACUCUCGUGUCAUUGAUGAGUUUUGUGUAGACAAGAUGAGACUGCAGAAAGAAGUGUAUGGAAAAUACAGUGGCUAUUCAAGUAAUCAGUCCAGUGUGUUGAAGAGCUCUUUGCUAAUCCCUUAGGUCCUUGCUUUCCGGUGUCAUUUUUAUCCUUGUUCUGCAGUUCUAUACUAAACAAAGCGACCGCACACUGCAGUGUGCAAAAGUAUUGUUCCGAGUUAUUACAUGAAAAAGAAUGCCUGCGAAUACUCAAGAGACAUCUUCCAAGGGCACGAUGCUUUCAGCAUGUUCAUCUAAACGUUAUGACCAGAAAAGACACCAACUAAUGGGUAAUGGAGAUAAACCCUUCAAGUGUGGGAUGUGUUCAAAAUCUUUCUUAAAAUGUCCUACCAUUAAGAAGCACAUGAUAAUCCACACCGAUGUCCCAUUUGCUCGAAAUGUUGUUCGUGUUCUACAGAUCUCAAAAGACAUAUUUUGAUGCAUACCGGGGAGAAACCUUUUAAAUGCGAUAUUUGUUUGAAAUGCUUUUCGCAAAACUCUAGUCUUAAACUGCAUACGCAGACCCAUACUGGGCAAAAACCUUUUAUGUGCCAGUUGUGUUCAAAAUAUUUUACGCAGCGUUGUUCUCUGCAGCAACAUAUGUUGACACAUACGGGAGAGAAACGGUUCAAAUGCGAAGUGUGCACAAAACGUUUCUCUCGGAAAGCGGACUUGAAAUCUCACAUGUCGAUCCAUACUGGACAGAAAGAUUUCGAAUGCGAGGUGUGUUCAAAAUGUUUUUCAAGGAGAUGUGACCUCGCCACUCACAUGUUAGUCCAUACUGGGCAGAGGAAUUUCAAAUGUGAAGUGUGCCAAAAAUGUUUUGUACAGAGUUCUGCUCUAAAAAGACACACGUUAACCCACACUGGCGAGCGGCCUUUCAAAUGUGAAAUAUGCGGGAAAUGUUACGCAGAGAAGGGUGUUCUGCAAAAUCAUGUUAUGUCGAUUCAUACAGGACACAAGCCAUUUAAGUGCGAGAUAUGUUCAAAAUGUUUUGCGAAUCUUUCUAUUCUUAAAAGGCAUAUGCUUAAACAUACGGGGGAAAGAAAUCUCGAAUGCGAGGUGUGCAAAAAAUCUUUCUCGCAGAGUUCGAUCCUGAAAAAUCACAUGUUGAUCCACACGGGACAGAAAGAUAUCGAAUGCGAGGUGUGUUCCAAACGUUUCUUUAAAAGAUAUGCCCUCAAUAGUCACAUGCUUGUCCAUACGGGACAGAAGAAUUUCGAAUGCGAAGUGUGCAAAAAAUGUUUUGCAAAACGCGUUACACUAGAAAAGCAUAUGACAGUUCACACUGGUCAGAGGCCUUUCAAAUGUGAAAUAUGCGAGAAAAGAUAUUCAGGCAAGUAUAGUAUGCAGACGCAUAUGGCAGUUCACACAGGACAGAAACCUUUUAAGUGUGAGGUGUGUUCGAAAUGUUUUGCAAAGCGCUAUGACCUAAAACAACACAUGUUUACCCAUUCGGGAGAGAGAAAUUUCAAAUGCGAGGUGUGCACGAAAUGUUUUCGCACGAGUUCGAUCUUGAAAGGUCACAUGUUGACCCAUACUGGACAGAAAGAUUUCGAAUGCGAGGAGUGUUCCAAGCGCUUCUCGAAGAGAUCAAGCCUCACUAGUCACGUGGUAGUUCAUACGGGACAGAGAGAUUUCCAGUGUCAAGUGUGCAACAAAUGUUUUGCACGAAGUUCUACACUGACAAAACAUACAAAAAUCCAUACUAGGCAGAAGCCUUUAAAAUGCGAAAUUUGAUAAUAACAAAAUCGUUUUCCAGAGAAGUUUACUCUGCAGAUUCAUAUGUUAAUACAUACAGGGCAAAGACUUUAAAAUAUGAGAUUUCUCAAAACGAUUCAUGUAGCGUUCUAACCUCAAAAUGCUAUAUUGACCCAUUCGAGACGACAAGAAUUCGAAAUGUGUUUAAAGAUAUAACUAGAAAUUUCUGGUUUCCGUGAAUUCUGCGACAGUCUUCGCCGACUGACGCAGACUAAAGACGUUUUUUGCUGUGCGUUGAAUGGGGGAGUUGAAACCAGUUACAUUUUGCAAAUCUCGGUGGCGUAUCUAAAUUUAAGACGAUUUAAGAUUAGGGAUAGGGGUAGAACGUCGUGUCUAUUACCUGUUUUCACUGUCGCUAAAUCCAUUUAAAAGAAUUGCCACUUAAAAUAAAAGCUUUUCCAAUAGUGACCAUGUGGAAAGCAUAUGAAAUACUUGAGCUCUGUUUUAUUGCUGGUUGGUCAGUGUAAUGGAAAAUGGAUAAUAAAAUCCACCAUGCUUACUUUAGGGCAAUAUAGUAAGUUAUGUUUGCGAUAUGGGUGAACACUGCCAGGAAGUGAUGUUCCAGUGAUUGAUUAUAAUCGGAAAUAUAUCAGUUUUGGCUCUACUUCUGUGAUGAUCCAUAAUCGAUUGUGUUGGGUAAAAUGUUAACAAUAAUUGUUUCUCCAGUUUAGAUGCCACGGUUGGUGUUAAUUUUCAAGUGUACUUGAAGAAAAGAAAUUAUUAAAAAGUUCUUUAAAGUACAAUUGGCUAUUUUCGGUAUACGCCGGUGAACAGGUGCAUUGCCUUUAUAGUUCAAAUUCUUAUUAUGACCAUAUAAUUCUCACGGAUUGUGUAAUCGAAAGUUGAUCGGUUGGUACAAACCGAUUAUAACCGAUGAUUGACGAUGCAAUUCCAAUCGAUUCCCACUCCUACGAGAAUAGACGAUUGCAUAGCGUCCGAUUUCAUGUUCGUUGUCACCAAUGUAAAGUUGAUAAGACCCGAUCUUUUAAGUCAACUGGUUUUGUUGACUGUUGAUGAUUUGAUACACGGAAAGGUCUCAUAUUCUUUUUAAAUGUUUUUUUCCUGUGUUUGCUUCAAUUUUUUUUUAGAUAUUAUCGACUAACAGAGACUUUUUAACGAUUUUUAAUUACAUAUUAAAUAUAUUUUUCUGCAUAAAAUAUUAG